UCCCACUUGUUUUCCAUCAAUGCUGACUGCUCUGGCCAGACAGACACAUACAGGCAAUACAGCAAUGAGUACCAACAGUAGUCCAAAAAGCACUCCAUGAAACACAGCCCAGGUGUUUUUGCUGAUGAAACGCUGCUUUGAACUUGACGCAGGUUUUGACAGACAUUCUCUGUGGUACGAUAAACUGCCUCGGAGGACAGUCCUAUGUAGCAAUCCCAUCCAGGAUCCCAGUGGCCAGAGGGUAGAAGCUCCUCUUAAGCCCCUCAGCACCAACCUGGUGCACCUGGAACCUCCUCUCGACCUCAGCGGGGAGAAAAGGCCGCCAUCUGGGCGGUUAGGAACCCCAGAAGAUCCAUGUGGCCAGGACCAUUUCCUUCAAUGUUGAGAUGGAUUUAUAGAUGGUCUUACUUGAUAUUUAAUCUGAUGUUUAUGUUUGAAAACCUGGACUGGCCUGGUAGCAGAGUCGGCAGGGGGGUGAGCUGACCAUCUCCCCAUCCUGAUGAGUGACCCCCAGCCAUAUGCCAUUGCUUCUUGAGUCCAGGGUGCAUACAGAGGCUCCAGCAUGCGUGGAUUACAUUACCAGCAAGGAUCCUCUGCGGGGCGGCCCUCGUGGCCGGGAUGCCACUGUGUGCCGUGCCAGUCCACAGUGGACGGUGAGGGGCAAGAGGAGGGGACCGAGUGCAGGAGACUGAGAGGAGGUGGCCCGCACCAAACAGGAGACAUGAACCUCUGCUGGAACGAGAUCAAACGCAAGUCCCACAACAUUCGGGUGCGGUUAGAGGCCUUCUCUGACAACAGUGGGAAGCUGCAGCUCUCUCUGCAGGAGAUCAUAGAAUGGCUGACAGCCAAGGACGAAGAGCUGUCAGAGCAGCUGCCCAUAGGAGGCGACGUGGGGGCUGUCCAGCACCAGAGGGAGUUCCACCAGGCAUUCAUGGAGGAUGUCAAGUCUCGCGGGCCGUUCAUCUACUCAGUCUUGGAGUCUGCCCAGGCCUUUCUGGCUCAGCACCCCUUCCAGGAACCAGAGGAGACCCUGACUGAUGGAAAAGAGGUGUCUCCACGCCGGCGGAUCUUGAAUGUGAGCCGCUCGGUAUGGAAGCAGGCGAACGUGGCCAGUGACCUGUGGGAAAAGCUGACGGCACGCUGUGUGGACCGCCAUAGACACAUGGAGAGGACGUUGGAGCGUCUACUCCAGAUCCAGGCAGCAAUGGAGGAGCUGGCAGUGGCCUUGGAGCAGGCAGAAGGGGUGAGAGAUGCCUGGGAGCCUGUCGGAGACCUCUUCAUCGACUCUCUGCAGGACCACAUAGAUGCUACCAAGUUAUUUAAGGAGGAGCUGACCCAGGUGAAGGAGGGUAUGAAGCACAUCAAUGAUCUGGCCCAUCAGCUGGCUAUCUCCGAUGUCCAUUUGUCGAUGGAGAAUGCUCGUGCCCUGGAGCAUCUCAACAACAGAUGGAAAGUGCUUCAGGGUUCCAUAGAGGAGAGGCUGAAGCAGCUCCAGGAUGCACAUAGAGACUUUGGCCCCGGAUCGCAGCACUUCCUUUCUAGUUCAGUGCAGAUACCAUGGGAGCGUGCUAUUUCCCCGAACAAAGUGCCCUACUACAUCAACCAUCAGGCCCAGACAACGUGCUGGGACCAUCCAAAGAUGACAGAACUGUACCAAGCACUGGCGGAUCUGAACAACAUCAAGUUCUCAGCAUACAGAACAGCUAUGAAGCUGCGGCGAGUUCAGAAGACUUUGAGAUUGGAUUUAGUGGCACUGAGCAGCCUCGGGGAGGUGUUUCGGGAGCAGGAGCUCCAGCAGGGGGAGCACGUGAUGGAUGUGGUAGAGGUGAUCCAUGGCCUGACGGCUCUGUACGAGAGGCUGGAGGAGGAGCGGUCCAUCCUCGUCAACAUUCCACUUUGCGUUGACAUGUGUCUCAACUGGUUGCUCAACGUCUACGACAGUGCUCGGAACGGCAAAAUGCGUGUGCUCAGCUUCAAGAUGGGAUUGGUGAGCUUGUGCAACGCAGAUGUCCAGGAGAAGUACAAAUACUUAUUCCGUCAAGUGGCUGGUCCUGGAGGUUUGACAGACCAGCGUCACCUCAGCCUGCUGCUCCAUGAGGCCAUCCAGAUCCCCCGCCAGCUAGGUGAAGUCGCUGCUUUUGGGGGCAGCAAUGUGGAGCCUAGUGUCCGCAGCUGCUUCCGAAUGGCCCCAGGGAAACCUGCCAUUGAGGUGCCUCACUUCCUGGAGUGGAUGAGCCUGGAGCCUCAGUCGAUGGUGUGGCUGCCUGUCCUCCAUCGUGUGGCUGCUGCAGAGUCAACAAAGCACCAGGCCAAAUGUUACGUCUGCAAACAGUGUCCCAUCAAGGGCUUCAGGUAUCGCAGUCUGAAGCAGUUCAAUGUGGACAUCUGCCAGACAUGUUUUCUAACCGGCCGCACUACCAAAGGAAAGAAGCUGCACUACCCCAUCAUGGAGUAUUACACCCCAACAACCUCAGGAGAGAAGAUGAGGGACUUUGCCAAGACUCUGAAGAAUAAGUUCAGGUCAAAGCAGUACUUCACCAAACACCCUCAGAGAGGUUACCUGCCGGUGCAAUCUGUGCUGGAAGCUGAGAGCUCCGAGACGCCGUGCUCCUCACCUAAGCUGCCCCAUGCAGACACACACAGCAGGAUUGAACAUUAUGCCAGCAGAUUGGCAGAAAUGGAGAGCCAGAAUUGUUCAUUCUUCACGGAUAGCCUGUCUCCUGAUGAAAGUCUGGAUGAAGAUCAGUACCUCCUGCGUCACUCCAGCCCAGCCCUGGACCAUGACUCACCCUGCGGACAGCACAUGCUACUGGCCCACCUGGAGCACCAGGACAAGGAGCAGCUCCAGUGCACCCUGGCCCGCCUGGAGAAUGAGAACAGGGUGCUGCAGGGAGAGUACAGGCGGCUCAAGUGGAAGCACGAGGAGGCGGCGUCAGUUCCUAUGCUGACUGAGGCUGGAGAAGGAGGGCCGGGUUCACCCACAGCAGAAGGUCAGCAGGAUGAGGAGCUCCUGGCCGAGGCACGGGUCCUCCGGCAACACAAGACGCGCUUGGAGACCCGUAUGCAGAUCCUGGAGGACCACAACAAACAGCUGGAGUCGCAGCUGCGCAGGCUCAGGGAGCUACUGCUACAGCCCAAAGAUGAUUCGGAAGCCAAUGGAUCAGAACCGUCAACCCUGUCUUCUCCUGUGUCUGGAGGGGGUCACCAUGGGGAGCCGGCCAGCAGAGAGACCACUGACACUGAAGCAGCAGGAGAUGAUAUGGAGCACGAGCAGGACACGGUGCUGCAGCUCCAGGAGGUCAUCGAGCAGCUGAGAAACGUCUUCCCCUCAGAACCGGGCACCACCUCACACAUCUAACCCCAAGUGGGCCCGGAGGAGCAGCAUGAAAGCCUGAAAGGACGCCUGAUGGCAGAGGGAGGAGCUCCAUAUGGCUGGGGUCAGGCCACAAUACAACCAGGCCCUGUGACCACUGCAGCAGCUAUGAUACCCAGAGCUAACCCUCCACUGGAACUCUGUGCACUAAAAGCCUUUUUCAUGCAAACUGCUAGAGGCUCACGCUGAUGUCCGUUUGGCCAGGCUGUGCUUGAUAACUUCAGUGGCGCAGCCUGACACCAUGUUAACGAGCCAAAGGAAACUAACGUUAGCAGCAGGUCAGGGAGAGACUGAAGUGAAGGAAAACGCCCCAGCCAAGACACUGUGCUUACCAGUAUCUGUGUAGUCGUCCGGAGGUGUGAAGCUUUAUAUCAGUCCACAGCACAAAUUGGACCUUCCGUGAAAGGAACUUUAAAAAAUGCAAAAAGGAAAAGGAAGGAUAUCCCCUUGUUUUGUCAGAAUGCCUGUAUCUUCAGUGUUUUUGUUUUUUCUCCUUCAAUGUGUUACCAUGGUUGUUAUUUUUGUUUUUUGAAGGGAGGUGGUGCGUUAAAACUCGCUUGUGUAAACUAGAUCAGGGCUGGGCUGACUGCAUUUCAUGUGGCUGCGUGGUGUAGAUUGUCAGGGAGUUGACAGCACCCACAACAAGCUUAUUUACUUUGUGAGAGUGACACAUCAUCAGUUAAAUCCAUGAUUUAUUUAAGACAGCCAAAGUGCCCGCUAGCACAGCGCCUCUGUAUGCAUACACUGUGUUCCUCUAAUCCUCUCAAACUGCUUGUCGCUCUCAUUGCUCGCUUCUCCUAAGUGAGCCCUUAACGCUCAUACACAACCACUUGCACUAACUAUACAUGCACGCACACACUUGCUGCUACAUAUGUGCACAUCCACACUCGCUAUUUACAAUGCACCCCUCCCUCAUUAUGCACAAAUACAUAAAUGCUUCCCUGCAUGAUCAAUAACAUGUACUGUGCUGCAUCACUAAAGAUACAGACUACAUACACACCCAUGAAAAUGGAGAUCCAUUUCAUCUCUUUGGCUCGCGGGAUUCAGACUAGCUCUCAGUUUUGAGCCAAUUUGUUUUGUGACUGAAAUUGGUUUUGCUGAGGAAACGUCUGCCGAUAAAUAUCAGCAAGCAGGCGUCCGCUCUGGGAUCUUAGUGUUCUCCUGCUGUGUGCAGAAAAAGGGAAGGAAGAAGCUCCAGGCGAUACUGCUGCCAGGCUGAAGCUUUCUCUCUUUCUGCUAGGCCAAUUUCAAACACUAUGGGGGGGAACAAGGCACACCACUAUAACAUGAUCCUACACUGAUUUCAUCCUUAAUAAUCCCUCCUCUCCAUGUAGAUUUGAGAAGAACAGUAGCUAGUCUGCUGGAAAACACUGUUGCCUCAUUUUCCCUUGCUAAUGUCUACUUAAUUGCUUUGAUAUUCACAAAAAGACGAGUGGUUGGGAUGACUUUGCCCUCAUCUUUUGAGGGUCAUAGGGUGCACAUUCUGUUCUAAACAGCACAGUAAAUUAAUGCCUUACGAUCUAAAUCCGUAGUUAGUGUUUCUGAAUACACACAACAGACUUUUAAUUGUGUUUUGAAAUUCAGGGAAGGAGGUUGCAUCAGGCGAGUGUGUUUAUGUGCCAGCAUCUGUCAGUCCCUGGACAGGCUGGUGGUUAAUUUGGAGGACAGAGUAACAGGAAGAAUGGAAAAGUGUGGAUCACAGUACAUGAGCAUCCAUGCAUUGAAACCAGUUAAGUAAGGCUUUCAUGAGUGAACCCGUGAUGCUGGGGAUGCUCGAAGGGACGAAAGAUCUGAGAGACAAGAGAGAAAAAGGUGGAAAAAAAAACUAUUCCAUUUGUUGCUUGAGGGCUGGCGGGAGAGAUCCACUUUGAUGUGCCUGCCACAGCAAAAUCUCCAGAAGCGGACAAGAGGUUGGCUGAAACAAGUAAGCAGUGGCUCUGUGUGUUUCUCAGCAAUCAUACCGCCUCAUUCUCACAGAAAACACAGAGAUCUACACAGAAAGGAAUUCAUCUUAAACCUUAAAGUGACACUCUGACCUCAUCAUACAUGAGUUUGAAACCCAUGUGCUGCAUUCAUAAUGGGCUCCCCCUCCAGGCACACAGCGCUCAUAUUUGAUAUCAUCCUCCUCAGCACUCGCUGCCAGUUAGUUUUGAUACUGUUGCUAGGGAACUAUCCCCAAGGACGCAGUUCCACAGGUUUGUGAGUUGGAAAGGUGAUGUGCCGUUCAUAAUACAAAUGCUAAUAGCCUUAAGGGAAGCAAGAGAAGAGCGCCUUGUUUCCCAAACACAACUCUCCUCUUCCUCACUCCACCUCCAUUGAAGCCUACCACAGUUUAGCUGCUGAAGAGUCAUUAUCAUCUGUUGAAUCCAUCUCUGCAACAGCAUCGCUUAAGAAUUUGUUUUGUUAACGCUCUCACAAGUCAGAACAAAGAGCAGCAGCUCGGCACGUAGGGAAAAAAAAGAAAAAAAAAGCCAUGAGAAGCAAUGUUUAUUCAUAGACACUUAUUUAUUGGUAUUUACGCAUCUCAUUACACAUUGAUGAUCACCCAGCGCCUUCACACUACUUCUGUAUGUUGGUCCUUUGUGUGUACACAAAAUGAUGUAACAGUGACAGUGUGUGAAAAAAGAAGAGGAGGCAUUCCCCGCAGGACUGCAUGUCAACAUUCAUUAUGUUUAUUUUUAGACAAUAUAGAGAUUAAAUGAGAGGAGGCAGAAUAAAAUAUUAAAUACAUUAGGUUGUCAUAUGACAGAUAGUUAUAUUACCAUACAGUUUGUCCCCACAUUUUACUCUGCUGCUGUUUGACACCAUUGUCUAAAUUGCCUUUGAUGGUCAUCCAGCUGCAGGAGAGUCAUUCAGCAAGUUUCAUCUCUGCCUGGCUGUGAUCAUGUGAGGUCUGAUCCAUGUACAAACCCUAACACAUACCAUGCUCCCUGUGGCGUGACUGAAGCUGUGUGACUGAAGAAAAAGGCUCUCCAUAGAGACAAGAGUAACCCCAGAGGACACUGCUACAGGGCUGUUACUGCAUGUAGUUGGCCAGCAGGCUAACAACUAUCAUUACUCUCCUGCCUUUGCAUCAAACCCUACGUGUUUGCUAUCAUGUAUCUAUGCUUGUAACAAGGACACAUGCACUUGUCUCCUCGCACAUGACAGGGCAAUGAAUCACCUAGCCUCAACCAAGGUGUUGAUAACACUGUCCUACCUUAACACAUAUAUUCACACACUCAUACCUUACUGGUAAACUGAGUUUCUUUUUUUUUUUUUUAAAUCACCAUUAAUAUACCUCAUUAAUCAUUCAAAUGUUUUUUGUUUAAUUGGUUUGAAUUCAUGUUUUUGUCCACGUACAGCACUCAAACACUUCUUCUUGCUGUCUUUUCUCUGGAGUUUUUAAUCUGUAUAAAAAAGUUUUCUGAAGAAAGGCUUUUUACUGUAAUAACAAGUGGGUUACUGGCUGCUUUCUACUCUUUGUGUACAGAAAUA